UGCUUUUCAGCGUUGCUCAAAUGGCUCCUGCAAAGAAGGGUGGCGAGAAGAAGAAGGGACGCUCUGCUAUCAAUGAGGUGGUAACUAGGGAAUAUACCAUCAACAUUCACAAGCGGAUCCAUGGCGUGGGCUUCAAGAAACGAGCACCGCGUGCUCUCAAGGAAAUCCGUAAAUUUGCGAUGAAGGAAAUGGGUACUCCUGACGUUCGCAUUGACACCAGAUUGAACAAAGCAGUCUGGGCUAAAGGAAUAAGGAAUGUUCCUUACCGUAUCCGCGUGCGUUUGUCCCGAAAGCGCAAUGAGGAUGAAGAUUCACCAAACAAGCUAUACACGCUGGUUACCUACGUACCAGUCACAACAUUCAAAGGUCUACAGACAGUCAAUGUGGAUGAAAAUUAAACUGAUUUUCAUUACAAUAAAAGGAUAAAAAGAAAGUUUA